CGCUUUUUGAGGUAUUUCUUAGUCAAGCCCUCCUAUUCCUUCCGAUCGGCGUUUGGUGGGCUGAUUGCUUGGCUGGUCUCGUUCGACUCCGGAGUAGACGAUCGUAGUGGCUGCUGUACUGUACGUACUCUGCAUCUGCACAGUGACAUGUCCAUUCUUGUUGACGACACCCUCCAAACUGAGGGGUCGGUUUCCAGUCGGUCUCCUGUCCCUGUCCGUCCCCGACUGGUCUUUAUACCUUUUUAGCGGGAGGGCAGAGUUUUAACGUAACUCAGAAAUGGCCACAUGAAAUCAUCCCGCAAUACCCGCUUAUCGUGCCAGCGGUUACACGCAAAGCAUGAGCUCCGCGGAGAUGAAGUCGCAUCGGGAUUUCCACGGUGAUUGAGGCACCGUAUAAAUAUGCGCUCCGUCUCUCUUCUCCGCUCGUCUUCUGCUGUUCCUCAUCCUGUCACAUCAUCCUAAUCACUCUGAAGAUCCAACCCUGCCUGUCUCCAUGUCUUUGACUCCCGAACAGGUCCAGACCAUCAAGGCCACUGUGCCGGUCCUCCAGGUCCAUGGCAAGGCCAUCACCACUCUGUUCUACAAGAACAUGCUCGAUGCCCAUCCCGAGCUGAACACCGUCUUCAACACCGCCAACCAAGUCAACGGCCACCAGCCGCGCGCUCUCGCCGGCGCCCUGUUCGCCUAUGCCUCUCACAUCGACGACCUGGGCGCUCUCACGCCCGCCGUCGAGCUGAUGUGCCACAAGCACGCCUCCCUCUACAUCAAGCCCGAGCAGUACGAGAUCGUCGGCAAGUACCUCCUCGAAGCCAUGGGCGAGGUGCUCGGCGACGCCCUCACCCCGGCCAUCCACGCCGCCUGGGCCGCCGCCUACUGGCAACUCGCCAACCUCAUGAUCGGCCGCGAAGCCCAGCUCUACCAGGAAGCCAACGGCUGGACGGAUUUCCGCGAGUUCCGCAUCGCCCAGAAGAUCCCCGAGUCUUCGGAAAUCACCUCCUUCCACCUCGUCCCGGUCGACGGCAAGCCCCUGCCCUCCUUCCGCCCCGGCCAGUACAUCUCCAUCCAGGUCUUCGUGCCGGAGCUCAAGUACCCGCAAGCCCGCCAGUACUCGCUCUCCGACAAGCCCGAACCCGACCACUACCGGAUCAGCGUCAAGCGGGAAUCCGGGCUCAAUCCCCGCCAGCCCAACGCUGCGGCGCACCCGGGGUACGUGUCGAACAUCCUGCACGACCAGAUCAAGGAAGGCGACGUCGUGAAGGUCUCGCACCCCUUCGGCGACUUCUUCCUGCAGGACGAGGAGACCUCAAACCCCAUCGUCCUCAUCGCCGCCGGUGUCGGUCUCACCCCUCUCACCUCCAUCCUCAACACCCUGACUGCGAAGUCCGCCCAGCGCAAGAUCCACUUCGUGCACGGCGCGCGCUCCUCCGCCGCACGACCCUUCCGUCCGCACAUCCAAUCUCUAGCCGAGAAGUUCCCCAACCUGCACGCGACGUUCUUCACGGGCCACCCAACAGAGGCCGACAAGCAGGGGUCGGACUUCGACCACGCCGGCCGCGUGGACCUGAGCAAGCUAGACGACGAGAAGGAUCUGUUCCUGGACGACCAGAGCACCGAGUACUACGUUUGCGGACCCGAGGGGUUCAUGGGCGCCAUGAAGGCCGGGCUGGUGGGCAAGGGCGUGAGUGGCGAUCGCAUUAAGAUGGAGCUGUUUGGAACGGGAGGCGUUCCUUCUGCUUAGAUUUGCAUAGCGUUGCAUUGGCUUAAGCGAUAUGUGGGUUGGUGUAAUUUUUCAUAGAUCUCCCCUCUUAUACAUUACGAGUUAUGCUUUUGUUUAGAUCAUUGUGUUAAUAUAUGGUCUUAAUUAAGAAUUCUGAUUAUCAUGCAUUUAUAAGACCGUUGAAUUAAUAAUGGAUUUAGCGUGGAUUUAACCUGAAC